AGGACUGCUGCUGCUUCUCAUGAGCAUGGGAACCAUGUCACUGCACCGUGUGUGUGGAGUGUUUGUAUUCCUCAGCUUAUGUCUGAUUUCCUUCCCACCACAUUGCCAUGGAGGAAACAUUCUGGUGUUCCCUUUAGAUGGCAGCCACUGGAUCAAUAUGAAGAUUCUGCUUGAAGAACUUCAUGCCAGAGGACACAACCUCACUGUGAUCAGAGACACCUACAGCUGGUACAUCCCUGAAAAGUCUCCACUGUACACAUCCAUUACACUUGAUACAAAAGAAUGCUUGGAAGACAUGUUUGCUGAAUUCAUUCAGGAGCAUAUGAAGAUGCAAAGAGAAGGGGCUUCACUACUGAAUUUCUUUAAAGUCACCGCACAUUUCCUUUAUAUAUUUUCUCAUUUCCAUUCACUGUGGGCUGAUGCCACCAUUAACAUGUUUGAAGAUCAAAAUGUGAUGAACAGCUUAAAAGAGUCCAAAUAUGAUCUUGUUCUCACUGAUCCAGCUUUUGCACCAGGGCUUGUGUUGGCCAAAUAUCUCAAACUGCCCGUUGUGCUCAACGUACGCUGGGUCACCAGUGGAGAGGGACACUUUGUGUUAGCCCCCUCACCACUCUCUUAUAUCCCAGUGCCACAAUCGGGCUUCACAGAUAAAAUGAAUUUCAUCCAGAGGGUCAAGAACAUGCUCUUAUAUAGCAUUUCACUGAUCCAGCAGAAAUUUGUGGUGGAGCCACACUAUGAAACUCUCUGUAAUAAAUAUAUUGAGGGAGGAUGUGACACCAUCUCCCUUCUUCUGGAGGCUGACAUUUGGCUGUUCAGGUCAGAUUUUGUGUUUGAUUUCCCUCGCCCCACAAUGCCAAAUGUUGUCUACAUCGGAGGAUUCCAGUGCAAACCAGCCCAGCCUCUGCCAGCAGACCUGGAGGACUUUGUUCAAAGUGCUGGGGAGCAUGGAGUGAUCAUCAUGACCCUGGGAUCGGUGGUUGAUGCUUUGCCCAAAGAAAUUGCAAAUGAAAUUGGCAGCGUUUUUGCCAAGCUGCCUCAGAAGGUGAUAUGGAGGCACAAAGGAGAGCGUCCCUCUACGCUGGGCAACAACACUCUCAUCGUGGACUGGAUGCCACAGAAGGACCUCCUGGGACACCCGCAGACCAGAGUCUUUGUGGCUCACGGAGGAACCAAUGGAGUCCAGGAGGCCAUUUACCACGGGGUCCCUGUGCUCGGCAUACCCUUGUUCUAUGACCAGUAUGACAACCUUCUACGUUUGCAGGAGAGAGGAGCUGCAAAGAUCCUUCAGCUGGCUGAUGUUAAUGGCAACACUUUUGAGCAAGAUCCUCUCCAGUUCUGCCAGGUUGGAUGGUGAACGUUGGUGGACAACCAUGUUGAGGUGUCUCCAGGUCUCCCGGUCUCUCCAAUACUUUCCAUACCCACUGUAAAUGUCGUGAAGAUAAUCAGUCCCUUUUAUGGUUUUCCUCAAAUCGUUGUCAUGUUGUCAGCAUGAAUUUGAUUUUACAUCAGCUGUGACAAGCCAAACCAUCUUUAACAGCCAGUCAAUGAUCAUGAUAAGUUGAAAUUUUCCAUUUCCAAAGUAACAAAUGUCAAAACUGUUCAAAUAGUUUGACUAAAACCAGUUAAGAUGUGAUAAAAUUGUGUUGAAAAUAUCAGUGUAUUCAAUGAACUGAGAGACAAGAUUCUUUCCAUUUCAUGUGAUUGAGACAAUGAUCAAUAAAUCUUGACAAAAGGAA